AUGAAGUGGUCCCAUCCCAACGCGCUGGUUCUGCCAGUCCUGUCGUGGCUCGUCCAGUCCUCCUCCUCCCGCAUCGUUGAUUUUAGACUCGACUUGACAUGGGAGGAUAGCAAUGUGGCGGGUAUUUCCCGUAAGGCAAUUCACACCAAUGGCCAAGUCCCAGCACCGAAUAUCCGCGUGAACCAAGGCGACCAGGUGAGAGUUCUAGUCAACAACUCAAUGCCAUUCGGCACCACGGUCCACUGGCACGGUAUCGCUCAGUAUGGCACCCCAUGGUCAGACGGGGUCCCGGGGCUCAAUCAAGAAAUGAUCAAGCCUGGUGAGCAAUAUAAAUAUGAAUGGACGGCCACCGACUACGGCUCCUACGCCUAUCACGCCCACACAAGAGCUCAGAUGGACGAUGGUCUCUAUGGUGCUAUCUAUGUAGAACCGCGUUCAGACGUGCAGAGACCGUUUAGCAAGAUCAGCACCGUCCCGUAUGAACUCCAGGCCAUGCUGCAAGCUGAAAAGAACACCCAUCCAAUCAUGCUCUCCGAUUGGCGAGCUUUCACCUCCGAGGAGACUUUGCAGAUCGAAGAAGACUCUGGCGUUCAGGCGACCUGUGCCAAUGCCAUCUUGAUAAAUGGUAAAGGGGCGGUCAUCUGCCCCCCGCAGGACCACAUCAAUGCUCUCACCCGAUCGGGUGAACGGACUGCGCUUGGAAAUAAAACCAUGUCCGAUAUGGGCUGUAUGCCACCCCUUGCAGCCCGUCUGGGCGGAUUUCCGUUCGACGAAACAAAAAUCCCGUCGGGAUACUACCAGGGUUGCGUACCGACCGAUGGGGAACAGGAAGUGCUUUCUGUCGACCCGAGGUCCCGAUACGUCAGCUACGACCUCAUCAGCCUACCUGGCACGUCCAACUUGGUUUUCUCUAUCGAUGAACAUCCUAUGUAUCUCUAUGCGGUCGACGGCCGCUAUGUCGAGCCCCUAGUGGUCGACGCUAUCAAUGUGUACGCCGGAGCGCGGUACUCGGUCCUUGUGAAGCUAGACCAACCUGUUAGCAUAUAUACCGUCCGCGUUGCUAACAAGUUCGCAAACCAAAUCAUCAACGGCACCGCCAUCAUGUCCUACACCGGCUCCCAGCCAAGCCAGUUCAACACCUCCGCACCGUACAUCAAUGAAGUCGGCACUGCGCUUGGUUUCAACGGCACUAUCAUUCUCGAUGAGGCCGACAUCGUUCCCUUUGAAAAUGAGGCCCCUGCUCCCGAGCCUGACCAGACCCAGAUCCUUAAUGUCAAGCUCUAUAACGCCUCCUAUCGCUGGACCCUCGGCCAAGCCAGUUAUCCCAUGUCCAAUGAGGAUCUUACGCCCCCGGCACUUUUCAAUUACUCCUCGAUUCCCUCCGAAUACACCGUCAUGACCAAGAACAACACCUGGGUGGACCUUAUCUUUAAUAUGUCCACGAUCGGACAGCCGCAGCACCCGAUUCACAAACACUCCAACAAAUUCUAUGUCCUCGGUUGGGGCUACGGAGUAUGGAAAUGGUCUACCGUGGCCGAGGCACAGAAAGACAUCCCUGAUAGCUUCAAUUUGGUAAAUCCUCAACUCCGCGACACCUUCCAGACGCCGGCAUCGACGCCAAACCAUAGCUGGCUGGCGAUUCGCUAUCAUUCUGUCAACCCCGGUCCGUUCUUCAUCCACUGUCAUCUGUCCAUGCACGAGAGCGGUGGGUUAGCCGUGGCCCUGUUAGACGGGGUGGAUGCGUGGCCGACGGUACCAGACCGGUACCAGCUGCCAGCGUUGGCAGACCCGGAGGAGAACACCCCAACAACGCAUGGAUUGAUGGAUCAUCCUAGCUUUGACUAG